UCCUAAUUUUCAUAGCGUGAGCGUGCGUACCAUGUUUACCGAUCCUCAGAAAUGCCUUGGUGGCAGAGCGCCGUUUUUUCUCCUUCUUCUUCAUCGUCUAAAGACCCUAAAUCCAAAUCCUUAGCUGCUUCUCACCAAAAACGCAAUAAUGUAAGGGACAUCAAUUUUUUCAGGAACCGUAAAGCAUCGAACGAGCAGCCGCGUCUCACUCGAGCGCGGAAGCUUCGUCAUCUGAAUGAAGAAGAUAUUGAGGGCUUACCACCCUUGAGAAGUCGUAGUCCCCUGUCUCAGCCAGAUCCGAUGUUGGUCUCUCGGUCGCCCAACAACCUUGAGCCGGCAUCAACUUCUGCUAGGACCAGGCCAUCGUCGGUAGUGCCACAUCCGUUGCCGAUACCCGAAUUGUAUAUGCUUCUUCAGAGGGAUUCUGGGUUUACCUCAUCUAUGCAUACAGGGGACUGUCCUCUACCUUCCCCCAAGGAGGCGCCCAGCAGAAAAGAUGGAGAGGACGGUGAUCGAACGGACUACUUGUCCGGAGAUGGGACCGAGGAAGGGGUCUCUGGCCGCAAUCCCGCUUCCAGUAGGUCUGCAUACCAAAUAAUCCACAGAAGCGCUGAGCAUGUUGAUGCACUUUCAGCCAGAUCUCCAACUGAUCGUGGUAGGACUGUGCUUCAUGAUUCAAAUGGUAUUGACAAUGUUCGAAGCAAUUAUAUGCUGAAUGUUCCUAUUAACAGUGCUCCAACCAGUGGGUUCAAUAGUCCUGCACAUAGCCCUCGAAGAUAUGGUUCUGGCGAUUUUUUUCCUUCUCCCUUAAUGGGUUCUCCAGGUUUUCAGGUUUGGUCUGCCCCAGAGAUCCCACCCUUAGAUAUGCUUGGGGGGUUGUCUCCGCGAGCAUCACCAGAGAAAUUUAUAUCUAGUCCUGAUUGCUCUCCACUUUAUAGUCCAACAAUAAUGAGUCCUGGCAUAAAGCCUAGAAGUUCAAGUGGAGCUGCAUCUCCAUUGCAUCAUAAGCAAUCUGCAGAGAGUUCUUCUGCAUGGCAUGAAAGCAAUGGUCAUGUCACAGUCCACCCAUUGCCUCUUCCUCCAGGUGCCAUAACAACUUCGCAGCCAGCAUUUGUUCAUCAAACUACACCUAAACCAGAGACAUCAUCAAUGACAAGUCAGUGGCAAAAGGGAAAGCUUAUUGGACGUGGUACAUUUGGAAGUGUUUAUGUUGCCACCAACCUAGAAACUGGAGCUCUUUGUGCUAUGAAGGAAGUUAAUCUCAUCCCAGAUGAUCCUAAAUCUGUAGAAUGCAUGAAGCAACUGGAGCAGGAAAUUAAAGUUCUUAGCCAACUAAAGCAUCGAAAUAUCGUGCAAUAUUAUGGUAGUGAAAUUGUUGAGGAUCAGUUCUAUAUAUUUCUGGAGUAUGUUCAUCCUGGAUCCAUUAAUAAAUAUGUUCGUGAACAUUGCGGAGCUAUUACAGAAUCUAUUGUGCGCAAUUUCACCCGUCAUAUUCUCCAGGGGUUGGCUUACUUGCAUAGCACAAAGACUAUCCACAGGGACAUUAAAGGGGCCAAUUUGCUUGUUGAUGCAUUUGGUGUUGUCAAGCUUGCUGACUUCGGAAUGGCAAAGCAUCUUAGUGGACAAGCGGCUGAUCUUUCUUUGAAGGGAAGUCCGUACUGGAUGGCACCAGAGGUCAUGCUGGCUGUGAUGCAGAAGGAUCUUAACUGUGAACUUGCUCUUGCAGUUGACAUCUGGAGUUUGGGCUGUACAAUUAUUGAGAUGCUGACUGGGAAACCUCCUUGGAGUGAGUUUGAAGGGGCUGCAGCCAUGUUUAAGGUUUUGAGAGAAUCCCCUCCAAUACCAGAAACGUUAUCUCCGGAGGGCAAGGAUUUCCUUGAGUGCUGCUUUCGAAGAAAUCCUGCUGAGAGGCCAUCAGCCAGCAUGCUAUUAGAACAUCGUUUUGUGAGGACUUCGCACCAUUCAGAUGUUCCUGCUUUCACCCAAGUUUUCGCUGGAAUGAAGUUGGCGGAUAAUGCUCAUAGUCCAAAAGAGUGGACUAAAUAUAAUAAAACUGACAUGUUGCCUAUCUCCCCAAGCACACCAACUACCAAAGGGAAACUGACGUUUACUGGUGCAACUAUUCAACGACCUCAUCCUGAAACUGGCAAAUCCGCAGUGGUCAUUCGUCAUUCUCCUCGAUCUACCCUUGAGGCCCUUCCAAGUUUAUCUCCUCCACAUUCGAAUCACAUGACACAGAGUCCCAGAUCUUCUCCGAAUGUUCUCAAUGGUAUUCAUGUGGGUGUUGGGAGCAAUAAUUUUUCUGCUCUUCCGAGGACUCAUGGGAGGGACUUUGCUGACCUUUUUUGAGGUGGGUUGAUUGUAUUAGACCAUGGUUCCGAUCGGAGAAUGGCUCAAUGCCCUCAUGUCAUCAAGUGAACGUGGAGGAGUGAUUUAAGUUCCUGUUGUGAAUAUGCAUCAGAGCUGCAGUAAAGAGAAUGAUCACAUUUGCAUCUGGUGCCUUCUUUGGUCAUCAGCUCCCAGUUCUCAUCAACACCGAGGCUCCUGUAAAAGGUUCAUAGAAGUAAUGUGGUUUUGCUCUUUUUUAUUAUUAUUAUUUUUUUAUUUAUAGCUUGAAAAAUCCAACUCAGGGUUGGGAUGUUAAAGCAGGUUUCUGACAACAUUAAUUUAGGGCCUUCAGUUCCAAAAGUUCUUGGUUCUUUGCUUACCCUAAAGCUUUCUUCUAAUAUACAUAUCCUAAAAUUCAAUCAAAGUGAGUUUGUAGAUAUUAGGUUCAGUAGUUGGCCUGGUGAUCAGAUAAACCUGUGCCGUAUCUUUUUAUUGUAUACAAGGAACUCCAAGGAUGUGAUGUAAUUUGUUACUUAUAGUUGUCAGUAGCGGUGUCAUGGUUGUGUUCGGUCUGCAUGUCUGGGUUGUUGAUCUAAUAUUUGUUAACUGUGGGCAAUCACUCUCAUCAUAUGUAAUAUGAAUAUGAAUGUGCAUAAUGCAAAGAUUAAAACUUUGUUGUUCUUUGCAGUUG